CAGCCCCGGGGCCACCAGGGACCCCCGUGCCAUGAGCAGCCGGCGAUGGGGGCGGCGGGGCUGUGCGUGCUGCUGCUGCUGCUGUUGGGGGUCCCGGGGCGCCCCCAGCCCCCCCCCGAGGGCCCCCCCUCGCUCUGCGACCCCCGAGUGAUCGAACGCUUCAUCCUGGAGGCCCGCGACGCCGAGCGGGGGGCGGCCGGGUGUGGCCCCCACUGUGACCUCCCCGAGCCCAUCGCUGUCCCCGACCCCGGCGUCAACUUCAACCUGUGGCAGAGCCUGGACGCGGGGUCCCGGGCGCAGGAGGUGGCGGCGGGACAGGCGGCGCUGGCGGCCGCGGUGCUGCGGGCGCGGGAGCUGCUCCGGGACCCCCGAGUGCGCCCCAGCCUGGACCGCGCCUACGGGACCGCGCGGAGCCUGGCGCGGCUGCUGCGGGGGCUGCCCGCGCCGGCUCCGCCCCUGCCCUCGCCCCCUGCCCCGCUGCGGGUCCGGACCCUCCCCCGGCUCCUGGGGGUCCUGAGCCGCUUCCUGCGGGGGAAGGUCCGGCUCUUCCUGGCCGACACCUGCCCGCGGUGAGCGGGCCGCCCAUCAGCGCCGACAGCUGUCAAUCACCGCCGGGGACAGCUGUCAAUCACCGCCGGGGACAGCUGUCAAUCACCGCCGACAGCUGUCCAUCACCGCCGACAGCCGUCAUGCCUCGCCCAAAGGCACCACGCACAGUCGGCAGCUGUCAAUCACCGCACAGCGCUGCCGGCCAUCACCGGCAGCUGUCAGUCAUCACCGGCAGCUGUCAGUCAUCACCGGCAGCUGCCAAUCACUAUCGGUAACUGUCAAUCAGCACAGACAGCUGUCAAUCAACACAGAGCCCCGCCGGUCAUCAGCAACAGCUGCCAAUCAUUACGGACAACGCUCGAUCAUCAGGACUGACAGCCGUCAAUCACUGCAAGCACUGACAGCUGUCAAUCAACAGCACAGACAGCUGUCAAUCAUCAGCAUCAGGAGCCGUCGCUCAACAGCACCCCCUCCCCUCCCCCCGGCACGUUGGACGUGCCGGCAGGUGAUUGACAGCUGUCAAUCAUCCCCCUCCCGCCUGAGCACCCCGGGCUGCCCAGGCCCCGCGGGUGAUUGAUUGACAGCUGUCACUCAGGGGAGACAGCGCCCCACCCCUCCCAUGUAACUUAAU